GCUUCCUUUCUCUUUCCGCAUAAUCACGCAGAACGCGCGCAGAGAGAUUCCCCUCACCCCCUUUCCUUUACAGUAUCCCCUUCAUCCUUCUUCUUCUUCCUCCUUCUUCUAGAGAGAGAGAUGGGGCUAUUGGCCUUCUUCAGAUAUCUGUUCGGCUGUUUCCGGCGGCUCUCUUCAGGGGAUUCCGGCGGGGUCGCCGCCCUCGCAAGCGACAUCGCCAGCUUCGAGAUCACAUCUCAGGUUCCCGAGCAGCUGAGCCGCUAUGUUGUUUCCUCCAAGAAGGCGCAGGAGAAUUGGUAUAAAAAGCUAUCAGAGGAAUGGAGUCAAGCCAAGACACCACCACAAACGCCAGAGGAGGCAGCUCGGUUCAUCAUCCAAACAUUGAAAGGGCACAAAAAGGCAGAUGUGGAGGGGCUCCUGGCUUUCUACAAACUCCCACAAUCUUCGCAAUCUCCUCAAUCUUCUCCCUCUGCAGAAGCCACAGGUGUUCCCGCACCACCCAAGCCUCAAGGAGCAAAAUUUGAACUCAAGUCCCUACCGAUUGAUCUCAAAUCCAUAGCAGAUGGAGAUACGGUCAUUGUAUAUGUUGAUGCGGCCGACCCAAGAGAAUCAUCUACAGUCCCUCAACAAGUUCGAAAGGCCGCCACCGCAAGAGCCAAGGCUCGAGCCGCUAAGGAUUUCAAGAAGGCGGAUGCACUCCAUAAGAUCAUAACAGAUGCCGGAUACAGGGUUGUGAGUGGGCAAAAAGGCGAAGAAACUUUGGCGAAAAAAUAUCGAAUAAGGCUAAGGGGAAUUGAUGCUCCUGAGAGCUCCAUGCCUUACGGGAAGGAAGCUAAAGAAGAGCUAGUUAAGUUGGUGCAAGGAAAGCGAGUCAAGGUUUAUGUGUAUGGAGAUGAUCGAUAUGGCCGCUGUGUUGGGGACAUCUACUGUAAUGGCACGUUUGUACAGGAGAAGCUGCUGAGAAGGGGAUGUGCAUGGCACUACAAUGCUUACGACAAAAGACCAGAGCUCGCAGCAUGGGAGAAGGAAGCCAGAGAAGCCGGCAUAGGCUUAUGGGCUGUAGCUAAUCCUGAAAAGCCAUGGGAAUGGCGAAAAAACAAAAAGAAUGGUUCUUGAGACAGAAAAUAUUACAUUUACGUUCACCGCACGUAAUAUUUUCUCGCUCGAGAUUCCUACUAAUUAUCAAGUUGAAAUUAAGCUGAGGCGAAGAAUCCCAAGGAGUCCGAUUCGGGCGCUCACCCUUCCCAGAAGCCAAAAAAAAAAA